GCCGCCAACGUCACAGGCAUCGACCUUACCAUCCCUUCGCAGCCCGCGUGGAGCGAGGAUGAUAUCAAUAAGUUCCGCGAGGGUAGAGACUCCGACAUCACAGUCGGCUCCAUCUACGCCUGGCUGGGCCAUAACAAUGCUCUACAAUGGUUUCUGAAAUCCGGACUCGAAACAGCACUGAUCCUAGAAGAUGAUGUCGAUUGGGACAUCCAGCUGCGCUCUCUGCAGGUUCCCCUGGCUGCCAAUGCAGCACGCUCCAUGCUGUCGCCUUCGAGGUACUUGUCUAGAUUCAAAGUGGAUCCCACCCACUACUGGGGCGAUACUUCUGCCUGGGACCUACUAUAUCUAGGCCAUUGCGGUGACUACUUCACCGCUGUUGACCACGGUGUUGGCCGUGGGCAUCAAUACAAAGAGAACUUAACCUCGAUCCCGCAUAAACUUUUCAAAGACCCGUCCUUACCAGCGCGACGAGAUCUCCAUCCGUACACAGCCGCUCUCUUUGAUGUGUUCGAGCUCCCUGAGCAGACGCGCGCCUUCCACCGCUCCAAGUUCCCGCUUUGCACCUUUGGCUACGCCGUCACACGGGCGGCCGCUGAGCAUCUAGUCAACGACCUCGCGCCGAUCGCGAAACUAAAGACAAGCAAGAGUAAGGGCUCUCACGCCUACGACGUGUCGAUUCUUAAGGCGUGCCGUAAUGGCUUCGACACGCCUUCUCCCACGCCCGAAAACAACCCACAUCCGCACCCAGAUCCUAAACUCCGUCACAAAUAUGCUAGUCCCGGCCUCCGAUGCUGGACACUCAAUUCCGAGAUUUUCCACCACAUGCCCGGUGGUAGCAUGAUUGCGCAGGUUGAGGCGCAGAAGAAUCAUUUCGUGGGAAUUCCGCCCGUCGACCGAGUAGGAGCAGAACAGGUGGUGCAAAGGGGCGAGACGAGCAACAUUGGCUGUGGUUUCUGGAGAGGCGCGUUCCGUUUUGACGACGGUGACAAGAAGAGACUCGCCUACCUACAGGAAGAGGUUGGCCGUAAAGGUAGAUGCCUGAAGGAGGGUAGGGAA